AUGUCUCGUGAGGACAGUCUGAGUAGUGAUGGUUUUGAGGAACUAGGGCCUCGCAGCACGCUGCCCAAUCCGCGACGUCUUAGAUAUGUCGUCGAAGGCGAGGUUCCUGAUAUUUUGUAUACCCUCAAUCAUGUUGGCCUCAAUAGGCGUUUCCUUGGGCGCUUGCGAAGCUCCAAGCCGUUCCAGAAUGUGACCACCUACGAAAUCAGACAAGAUGAAACCGAUGAAGGUGGCGAACCUAUCAAGAAGCCUGUCUUCGAGGUUGUCACCACUGUGUGCAUUGAAGGCAGACCUGAUGACCAUAGACGCAUAGCUCAUCCUCGCCGAGCGCCCCCUCAGAUAGAUAGGCCUCUCACGUCUGCUUUUGAUAACAUCGAUUACCGAAGCGACGGCUACUAUACCGAUGAAGAACAGUAUAUUGAUACGGUUGGAUCUCCUGUAGCCGAUGCUCCUUUCAUGAUUAUCUACUCGGAACAUCUCAUCAAUGCUCUUAGAGCUGUCGUCAGAUACUACCCGACCGUCAAUCUCAACGGGAAAACAGUUCAUAUCAACGCACCCUAUCGCAUACUUUAUCACCACCGCAGGGAGCUUCUCGAGUACCGUGAUAAGCAGCCUAAAGAGCAUAGUGCCGAAUAUGUUGAGACCACAGUCAAGCAUAUCGACACUCUUUUAGAUUUCCUUGAUGAAAGUCUCAAAGAUGAGAUUACCAAGGAAGAGGAGCUCCACAAACUCGAGACUCCCAUGGCUACUUUUCAGUAUUUUUGGCUACUUCUCAAGCCUGGAAAUGUCAUCUAUGCCAAGAAAUACGACAUCUGGACACCUUUGGUCAUUAGCAGUGUUAGUGUUGGAAAUCGUCACCUUAGCAAUCCUGAAUGUUACAGGAUAAACUGUUGGCUGCUCGAGUCCAAUGGCACCAAAGUUGGUCGCUUCAUGGAGAGCUAUGUUGUCAAUCCAUGGCCAGGUGAACAAGCAAUUAGCACUUUGUCAGUGGUUCCUGAAGCGUUUUGGAAAGAAGACCUCGCUGCUCAAGGCGGCCUCACGAUGCGUGAAAAACUAAUCGAAGAAGGCAAGCUUUACUGGGAGCUCCUCAAGAGACCUACCUAUAUGGAAUAUGAUGGCCUGCUUGUCAACUCUGGUUCCGGUAACAGACUGCCUGGUGGCCCAACUGGCUUUAUGAAUGGUCGUGUUAUUUGUGAUGCCUCUGGCUUUGACAAGUACUUUGAUAACGCGCCAGACUGGGAUGGAAGACGAUAUCCUCAUCCUCCCCGCCGCCGUGCAACUCAGAGUAUACCCAACAAAGAUCACCUUCCUCAGAAUUUGCCAAGAUGCGGCUGCGCCAUCUGCACUGAAGGUCGACCUCGGGAGAACGAUGGUCCAUACAAUGGAUUCGAAGACAUUGAUCCCCUGUGCGAUACUCCUCCCGACAACGAACUUUUCUUCUAUGUUCUCAGCAAGGUAAUUCCCGGGUUCAUUCUUGGCACUCGCCGUUGGGGGAAUCUUCACGUUGCCAACCUCAGCCCCGUCAAAGCCGACAAAGAAGCUUUCAAGUAUCUCGUCUUAGACGAUGAUAUCAAGAUGACCGUGAAAGCUCUCAUUGGCCAAUAUGCAACUGGUGUCGACGGUCAAAUCACUCCUUGGGGCAACGAUUUCAUCCGCAACAAGGGCGAGGGGCGCAUUUUCCUCCUUCACGGCGCGCCUGGGGUUGGCAAGACUUGCACCGCCGAGUGCAUUGCUGAGCUGACCAACCGCCCGCUUAUUUCCCUCACCAGUGGUGACCUGAGCGUCGAUUCAUUCCGCGUCGAGACCAAUCUCAGUUACUUCCUCGAAUUGGGCCAGCGUUAUGGAGCCCUUGUCCUACUUGACGAGGCCGACGUCUAUCUCGAGCGCCGCCGCGCGAAGAAUAUCUCUCGAAACGGCCUCGUCUCCGUCUUCCUCCGCGCGCUGGAGUACUACCGCGGCGUCCUAUUUCUCACCACCAACCGCGUCCGGUCUUUUGACACCGCCUUCCUCAGCCGAAUUCACGUCGCGCUGCACUACAAGAACCUCAGCGAUGAAGACCGCGAGCGCAUCUGGACCCAUAACUUCGACCGCCUGAACCGUGAUUCCCACGGCAGGAUUCGCGUCGCUAUCGCGGCCCGUCAGUUUAUCUGGUCGAGCCAGGAGGUCCGCGCGCUCAAGUGGAACGGACGAGAGAUCCGCAACGCAAUGCAGACAGCGCUGGCUUUGGCUGAGAGCGAUUCCAACGAGGAAGGUUUGCCGACUAUUACUAUUGGAGAGAAGCACGUUCGUGCCGUGGUCAAGAUGAGCAAGGGCUUCAAGGACUAUAUUAAGUCUGCGAUGUCCCUAGGCUCCGAUGAGAUUGACUACGAUGGUGAUGGUGAUGAUGAUGCUGUCAAUGGGGAGGACUUUUGA